CUAUAUAAGGACACCGAGUAAUAUCAGUUGCACAACAACUCCUUCAUCUACAACUAGUAACAACCCUACAAGAACAGAAGUUUCUAGAACAGAGCCGAAAAAAAAUGGUUUACAAAGUGUGUAAGGGAGGUGUAAGGUCAGGAAACACUCUUCGUGGUUUAAGCUCCCACCAAGCUAAAAGGUAUGCCAAACAGGGCUGUUUUGUAGGGACCUCCAGCCUAGGACCAGCUGAGGUGAAGGAGCUGUUCGAAUCCAAAACCCACGACAGUCUCAUCUCGGACACUCUCGGCUCCACCAACGUGAUUCUCUCCAUGAACAAAAAACAAAGAUGGCGACUUCCGGCCACCAUCAGUCACCUGAUCAAGAUGGGGUGCUUCAACAAAAACGACGCCAUGGUGUCGGUCUUGGAGCGUCACAAGUUAAAAAGACGCGCCAACUGCGUGAGUUUCCAUUGCAACAAAGGCCGGUUUGGGUCGGUCGUCCCCAAACAGAAAAGGUACUUCAGUUUUAAUAUGAAUCACGUAGCAGACGAGGAGUCUCAGAGGAAGAUAAGACGAGCCAAGUACGAUUUGUUAAAACUGAGCAAGAAAGAGAAAGAGAAACCGGAUAAGAGAAAUGACAUGCGCAGUUUGAACGUGUUCACGAUUGCCGGUUCCAAGAAAGAAAAUGCGUCUCAGCCCCUGGAGAGUUCCAAGACAGAGUACCGGCUGGAGGUGUUCUACCCCUGCCCAAAGAGCUGCUCUUUGGCAUUUAACCCCAAGUACACCGAUGUCAGGAUGGAGGUCAACGAAGAGGGCAAGAUGGAGAUGAGGUCGAAUGUCAAGGUCUCGAGAAAAACCCAAAAACACAGGAAGCGGCUUACCGGAGAGGAUUUUAGAAAAUAUGACGAUGAAAUAUUCCAGAAUGAUGUUGACGACCUAUGGGCUGAAGAAGAAGAGGACGAUGAUAAAUAUCCUUACACUUCUGCAGAAAGCAACACCCACAUUAAUGAUACUGAAUCGACCCGCGACUCCGAAAAUUUAAGUGACGUCAAUAUUCUGUCUUUCUACGACGACGAAGAUGUUAUUUCCCCUAAUGACUCCUCUGAUGACUCAGCUCCUUCUGACUCCUCCCAAUACCUCCUGACUGCUUUGAUCGCCCAAGCUGAAAAGGCCAGGUCCCUAUGCUCCGCCCACAGACCACAGCGCAAGAAGAAACAAUCAGUGAACCAUGACGACUUCACAGAGGACCGAUCUCACAUCGUCUACACAGACGAGGUCAACUAUUUCCCCAAACGAGAACCGGAAGAGGAAGUCAAAUACAGGAAAACCAGAAGUGGCAGGCUGGUCGAGAUCAGAAAGAAAAAACCAAAACCUGUGCCGGUUGUCGAACCAAAACCUACAAAACCUGCUUACACUCCAGUACACUGCGCCAAGGUGAUUAUUCCUGCUGAAGAAACCACACUAGAAAAACUGAAAGAAAAAUUUGGGCCUUGCGUCGUUUUGUCGGAGUGUGAACCUUUGAGGUUUAUUGUAGAUAUCACAGAGCAAGUAGUGGAUACUUUAAGCAUUUCUCCCAAAACCUACGUCAAAGGUGACUAUUGCUCUUACCUGAUCUUUACCUACGAAAGUUUUUACGACGAACAAAUGAACAUUUUACGACUUCAGCUAAACUCCAACAUCUGUAAAGACACAAAGCGGGUCUGUGAUUCUAUCCCAGCGCAGAGAUCUUCACUGGAUGAAGUUAUAAAUUGUGUCGUUGUAACUCUUUUUGAAAUGAAAGAAGAAAAAUUACUCAACCUGGAAAACACACAGUUUGUAUCCAACACGGUUCGAACAGAUUUUGAACUGCUGAGCCAGAGAAUGAAAUAUGAAGUUCAGAGUUUACUUGUUUCAGACCAAGUGUGGAAAAAUUGUUUUGACCUGUUUCAAGAGAAGACCAAUCUUGCUGUGAAAAUUGAAAAACUUUCCGCCGAAUAUGACGUGGACGCAUUUUGUGAAAUCUGUUACAAUGACGUGAAUCCAACUCACGAGCAUGCACAUCCAGGAACACGGCUGGGGAAGUGCGGCCAUGUUUUCUGUGACGAGUGCUUGAGGGCUCACUGCCGGGCCAAGAUGAGCGGCGGUGCUUUAAACCUGACAUGCCCCGGGUAUCAGUGUGACGUUCAUUUAGACUUCGUCACGCUUAUAAGUCUGCUGCAUGUUGCAGAAGUCAGCAAACUGCUACAGCGUCAGUUGGAAGGUGAUCUCGAAACAAAACCCAACGUCAAAUGGUGCCCAAAUCCAACUUGCGGCCGAGUCAUCCAAGUCAGCUCUGAAAAACCUGUCGACGGUGUCGCCUUUGAUGUCUCCUGCGGUUGUGGCAUGCGGGUCUGUUUCUCGUGUCUGGGGGCCGCGCAUUGGCCUGCGUCUUGCGCGCAAGCUGAAGACUACGCUCAAAGAAUCGAAACCCUGAAGCCUCCAAAUGAAACCACAGACGAGCCCCCGAUUGACACGGCUCCCAAAGAAGUGCCGAAAAAAACCACGCUGUAUGAGAUUGAAGGAAGGAUGUGCCCGAGCUGUUCCCGAUUCAUGGAGAAAGAUGGCGGCUGCUACCACAUGACGUGCAAGUGCGGGCACCAGUUCUGUUGGAACUGCAUGCGCUCGCUCGCCAGCCACGAUAACAGUAUCCAAUGCAUGGGGACUCCGGACAUCCUGUACCGCUACAGCCGCAGACUCAAGGUCCGACACGUCGAACUUCCCAAACCUGCCAGGUUCGACACACCCCCUGCUGGUGAAGCUUCAGCAAACCGAAAGAGACGCGGCCAGAAGACGACGAUGUAUCAGAAGGCCUUGCAGCAGAGGAUUGAGUACAGCAACAAGCGUCAUGGCAAAGGCAUCAAAGAGCUGAGUCACAAGCUGUUAGCGCUCUCCCACAAGGACCUCGGCUUUAAAAGAGAGAUACUUGCCCUGAACACACCAGACAAGGACACUGUCCACUACACUGACCAGGACCUGCUGACCCUCUCCGUGUCCGGCCAGGUCACCAAGUUCCUCUACGGCUGCCUUGACCUCAAGCUCGCCCUGCACCACGUGGCCGAGUACACCUUCGUCCUGCUCCAGGGCUCCCCCAGCACCCUCGAGAGGCGCCGCGCCCUCAAGCUGGCCUCCGACAUCAGCGGCUUCUGUAGCUUCAUCACGUCGGUGCUAGAGACCGGCUCCCAUCAGGAUCUGAGGACGGCGGUCAGGAGGUUGUCGGACAUUCAGAACUGGGCCGGCCGGACACUAGAUGUUCUCUUGGCCACGGUUAGAAAGGUUCAGUACGAGUAAAUAUAGCUGUCGUUAUGGGUUUCAGGAAAUAUACCUGUCAUUAUGAGUUUCAGUAAAUAUACCUGUCAUUAUGGGUUUCAGUAAAUAUACCUGUCAUUAUGGCUUUCAGUAAAUAUACCUGUCAUUAUGGCUUUCAGUAAACAUACCUGUCACAAAUGGCUUUCAGUAAAUAUACCUGUCAUUAUGGGUUUCAGUAAAUAUACCUGUCAUUAUGGGUUUCAGGAAAUAUACCUGUCAUUAUGGGUUUCAGUAAAUAUACCUGUCAUAAUGGAUUUCAGUAAACAUA